AUGGAAUCCAAUCUCAUCGCGGCCUUCCUACCCAUCUUCGCCACAUUUGACGUCGAUGAAUGCUCACAGGCUAAAGGCCUCAUGGAAAAAUUGAUCGAUGAGAAGAAAAUUCUCACAACCCUGGACCAGAAUUUGACGGCGAUGGCAGAGCUCAUCCUUCCGGGGGAAACCCUUUCUCAGGCUCUUACGCGUGCUUACAACAACGGGCCCGACUGGCGGUUGGCAGAGGUUGCCGCCGAAACUGUGCAUUCCUUGAACAUUCCGGGAAGGCGGUUUGCUGAAACCGUCUGCUACGAUACUUGGACCGCCGCAAAUAUCGUUCAACUCCUUCAAGGAGUGCGAACGGCGACUACCCCCGAAGCAAUCGCGGCGAGGCACCGCUGGACCCGGCGCCGCACCUUGUACCUUCAGAUUCUUGCUAUUCUUGUGCCAAAUGAAAGCGUCCAGGAUGCCUUGGACAGGCUGUUGAACGACGACGACGGCCAGGGACACGUCCGCCGCCGUCUAUCAGAUGCAGCGGAUUGUCUGAUUCACCAACUGGAGGAGCCCCCCGCUUUCAGGGAUCUUGAAAAGGAAGUCUUGGAAAAAAAACGAAGUCGCCCUUCUCCCCCACUCUCUCUCUCUCUCUCUCUCUCUCUCUCUGUGAAUAUGGAAUCCAAUCUCAUCGCGGCCUUCCUACCCAUCUUCGCCACAUUUGAUGUCGAUGAAUGCUCACAGGCUAAAGGCCUCAUGGAAAAAUUGAUCGAUGAGAAGAAAAUUCUCACAACCCUGGACCAGAAUUUGACGGCGAUGGCAGAGCUCAUCCUUCCGGGGGAAACCCUUUCUCAGGCUCUUACGCGUGCUUACGACAAUGGGCCCGACUGGCGGUUGGCAGAGGUUGCCGCCGAAACUGUGCAUUCCUUGAACAUUCCGGGAAGGCGGUUUGCUGAAACCGUCUGCUACGAUACUUGGACCGCCGCAAAUAUCGUUCAACUCCUUCAAGGAGUGCGAACGGCGGCUACCCCCGAAGCAAUCGCGGCGAGGCACCGCUGGACCCGGCGCCGCACCUUGUACCUUCAGAUUCUUGCUAUUCUUGAGCCGAAUGUAAGCGUCCAGGAUGCCUUGGACAGGCUGUUGAACAACGACGACGGCCAGGGACACGUCCGCCGCCGUCUAUCAGAUGCAGCGGAUUGUCUGAUUCACCAAUUGGAGGAGCCCCCCGUUUUCAGGGAUCUUGAAAAGGAAGCUAAAGGCCUCAUGGAAAAAUUGAUCGAUGAGAAGAAAAUUCUCACAACCCUGGACCAGAAUUUGACGGCGAUGGCAGAGCUCAUCCUUUCGGGGGAAACCCUUUCUCAGGCUCUUACGCGUGCUUACGACAACGGGCCCGACUGGCGGUUGGCAGAGGUUGCCGCCGAAACUGUGCAUUCCUUGAACAUUCCGGGAAGGCGGUUUGCUGAAACCGUCUGCUACGAUACUUGGACCGCCGCAAAUAUCGUUCAACUCCUUCAAGGAGUGCGAACGGCGGCUACCCCCGAAGCAAUCGCGGCGAGGCACCGCUGA